GGCAUUCGCUCGUGGAUCGGAAAAUCUUGGCUGCUGUCCCCACCUUGUAACGGAAGCCCUCACACAUACGGACCACCUGGGUGUGACAACGGACCACAAAAACUACAUUACAAAAGCAAGAGGCAUCAUGAAAUUUCUUCUGGUCAUUGCGCUACUCGGCGUUGCCUCGGCGCACCCUGGCGUGAGGCGUCGCCGUGAGGCGUACUUGCUGCCCGAUGGCGCGGAGAUCCUGGUAGGCAGCGUCAAGACGACGUUCAAGUGCCCCGGCGAUGGCUACUACGCGGACAUGGACAACGACUGCAAGGUGUUUCACGUCUGCCACGACGUUCUGGGCCCGGAGGGUGCCGUUGGUCAUGAGAUGCAGCACUUCAGCUUCCUGUGUGGCAACCAGACCGUGUUCAACCAACUGAGCCUGACCUGCGCAUACGAGGAGGACUCGGUACCCUGUCAGAACGCCAAGGACUUCUACUACCUGAACGCCAACAUCGGUGACCCCACCGCAGAGUUCUUGAGCGACAACGACAUCCAGCGCGCAGUGCCGCUGGUGCCGACGCUCCAGGCGCAUGCGGCGGCUGCUGCCCUGACGGCCGGUCCCGCCCAAGGACCGGCCGGUCCUGCUCCUGGUCCGAGCGGUCCCCUCAGGGCGCCUCCUACUCCUGGUCCGAGCGGUCCCCUCAGGGGGCCUCCUGCUACUGGUCCGAGCGGUACCCUCAGGGCGCCUCUUGCUCCAGGUCAGAGCGGUCCCCUUAGAGCGCCUCCUGCUGGGCCCCAGGGUAGGACACCUGCCAGGGGUCUGGGGCGCGGUGCGGCUGCGUCCGAAGUCCAGGAAGUAACGGUCACAGCACCGCCGACCACAACGGCGCCAGCGCCGAGCACGACACUCAAGGAGGAGUAGGGGCAGCAGCUUCGACGUCCUCUCUCUCACUUUCAUCGUACGUUCCCCUCACGCUAACAUAGCUUCAUGUUUCCGAGUGUAUCGUCGGCCCGGAGUGUCCGCAAAGAUAUUGGCCCUCCUCUUGUCUCUUCGCUCCACAUUUCUUUCCUGUCCUGUUGAAGUGACAGUAUAGCCAGACAGACGCCUUGUCUUGGUCGUUUUUCCAUCUUCCUUACGGCAUCGCUUAAAUCACGACGUGUGCCAGGGAUGACUGUGGUGCUUUGCUUCAGCUUGUGGUCUCUUGGUCAGUGUGCCGCUCUCGCAACUGUCAGGAGCAGCAGUAUAUCAUUAACUUGAGAGACUCAAAGUGAAAAAAUUCGUGAAAGUGUACAGAAGCUGUCACGAACCGCAUGCCAGAAGUGUCGUGCAUAUUUCUCGACGCACUUCGUACUUGAUUAAAACCCCGGUUACGAAAUUAAUUCAUUGUUCUGGAUCACGUAAUAAUGAAUUAUUUUAUACCAUUAGUAAAUUACUUGUUUUGGGACGUUAAACCCCAGAUAUUAUUAUUAGAAGUGAAUUACUUGUUCUCGGCCGCCCUAGUAAUGUCGAUAUUCUUUAGAAUUAAAAAAAAAAGAUUCCAGAUACGCUGUGUUAACAAGAGCCACCGAUAAGGAAUAGAGGUUCCUUCAGUAUACCAAUGUUGUCACGUUGAUUUUUUUGUAUAUGUGAAGACAAUUACACCUCAAUAAAUU